AUGAUUGCGAAAGUAUUAGCCAAUAUCAACCAGUCUAACAACUACGCUGACUUAUAUUCUUGCCUUACGUCCACACCAUCUCCGUACGUCAUAUCAUACCAAACCGUUCAUUAG